UAUCCCAUUGUACAGAGGCAGCCCCAGCCAUAGAGAGACCGAGAGCUCCCAGAGAACCCGGACUCCGCCAUCUUCACGUUGCAAUCUAUAGCUCCCAGUCCGCGCCCGCACCGACCCAGGCGCACUGGGCGAGCCGCCCCUCCGCCCCGCUCCCCCCGGGCCCGCGGCGCCAGGGGAGCGCUGGGGAGCGCUCGCGGGGACCCGGCAGCUCCUGCGGCCGGCGCCAGCCUGCCAGGUGAACUGGGAAGGAGCCGCUCCUGGAGUCCCCCCAGAGCCUCCGAAGGGUCAGUCUCCGAGAAAAAAAAAAACAAAAAACAAAAAGCAGGCAGCCAGCAGAACACCCAGAAACCACCGAAUCGGGGCAGUUUUACAUUGCUUUGGGUUUUUUGAGGGGGCGGGGUGAAGGGGUACGAGACAAGUCCCCAAGUUUUCUCUGCUUUUUUUUUUCUUUUUCUUCUUUUAUUAUUUUUUAUUUGUUUGCAUUUUUUUUCUUUUUUUUUUUCCCCCUCCUGGUAGAAGUGCGUUCUCCACCUACCAGACCCUGAAGGAAAGUGUACGGAGCCGGUGCAAAAUCCGGUUUAAGUUCAAGACGACAUUUGGAAGUCCAAGAGGCCAAGCAGUCUGAAGAAGUCUAAGAGAUUUUUUUCUUUCAAAAGAAUAUAUUUUAAAAAGAAACCAGCCAGUCCGCGGCAAGCAACAGCAGUUUUUUUUUUUUUUUGGCCUCUUUCUCCCAUUUUAGAUCGAGAGCCUUUUUUUCUUUUUGUUUUUCUUCUUUUUCUUUUUGCAAACAAAACAAAAAAAGCCUAGAAGAAAGAGCAAAAUAAAGAAGAAGAGGAGGAGGAGGAAGAGAGGGCAAGAGAGGAAGGGGAAAAGAAAGAAAGAAAGAAAGAAAAAAACAACAACACACCAACCGGGCCGAGGAGGCGCGGCGGCGACGGUAGCGGCGCGGCGCGGCGGCGGCGGCUGAACCCCCUCCCCGGCUCCCCAUCCGAGCAGCUCUCCGGGCUGAUGCCAGAAUAGAUGCCGGGGCAAUGUCCCGCCGCAAACAGGGCAACCCGCAGCACUUGUCCCAGAGGGAGCUCAUCACCCCAGAGGCUGACCAUGUGGAGGCUGCCAUCCUCGAGGAAGAUGAGGGUCUGGAGAUAGAGGAGCCCAGUGGCCUGGGGCUGAUGGUGGGUGGCCCCGAUCCUGACCUGCUCACCUGUGGACAGUGUCAGAUGAACUUCCCCCUGGGGGACAUCCUGGUUUUUAUAGAGCACAAGAAGAAGCAAUGUGGCGGCAGCCUAAGUGUCUGCUACGACAAGGGUCUGGAUAAGGGCAGCCCGCCGCCCUCUGCGCGCUCCGAGCUCAGGAAAGUGUCCGAACCGGUGGAGAUUGGGAUCCAGGUCACCCCUGACGAAGAUGACCAUCUGCUCUCGCCCACGAAGGGCAUCUGCCCCAAGCAGGAGAACAUUGCAGGGCCGUGCAGGCCUGCCCAGCUGCCAGCGAUGGCCCCCAUCGCUGCCUCCUCCUCCCACCCUCACACAUCCGUGAUCACGCCACCUCUGCGCGCGCUGGGCGCCCUCCCGCCCUGCUUUUCCCUGCCGUGCUGCGGGGCGCGCCCGCUCUCGGGCGACGGCACUCAGGGUGAGGGUCAGACGGAGGCUGCGGCCCCCUUUGGAUGCCAGUGUCAGUUGUCAGGUAAAGACGAGCCUUCCAGCUACAUUUGCACAACAUGCAAGCAGCCCUUCACCAGCGCCUGGUUCCUGCUGCAGCACGCGCAGAACACGCACGGCUUCCGCAUCUACCUGGAGCCGGGCCCGGCCAGCAGCUCGCUCACGCCGCGCCUCACCAUCCCGCCGCCGCUCGGGCCCGAGGCGGUGGCCCAGUCGCCGCUCAUGAAUUUCCUGGGUGACAGCAACCCCUUCAACCUGCUGCGCAUGACGGGCCCCCUCCUGCGCGAGCACCCGGGCUUCGGAGAGGGCCGCCUGCCUGGCACGCCGCCGCUCUUCAGCCCGCCGCCGCGCCACCACCUGGACCCGCACCGCCUCAGUGCCGAGGAGAUGGGACUCGUCGCCCAGCACCCCAGUGCCUUUGACCGAGUCAUGCGCCUGAACCCCAUGGCCAUCGACUCGCCCGCCAUGGACUUCUCGCGGAGGCUGCGCGAGCUGGCGGGCAACAGCGCCACGCCGCCGCCCGUGUCGCCGGGCCGCGGCAACCCUAUGCACCGGCUCCUGAACCCCUUCCAGCCCAGCCCCAAGUCCCCGUUCCUGAGCACGCCGCCGCUGCCGCCCAUGCCGCCCGGUGGCACGCCGCCGCCGCAGCCCCCGACCAAGAGCAAGUCCUGCGAGUUCUGCGGCAAGACCUUCAAGUUCCAGAGCAAUCUGAUCGUGCACCGGCGCAGCCACACAGGCGAGAAGCCCUACAAGUGCCAGCUGUGCGACCACGCGUGCUCGCAGGCCAGCAAGCUCAAGCGGCACAUGAAGACGCACAUGCACAAGGCCGGCUCGCUGGCCGGCCGCUCCGACGACGGGCUCUCGGCUGCCAGCUCCCCGGAGCCGGGCACCAGCGAGCUGGCCGCCGAGGGCCUCAAGGCGGCCGACGGCGACUUCCGCCACGAGAGCGACCCGUCGCUCGGCCACGAGCCCGAGGAGGAGGACGAAGAGGAGGAGGAGGAGGAGGAGGAGCUGCUACUGGAGAACGAGAGCCGGCCCGAGUCGAGCUUCAGCAUGGACUCGGAGCUGAGCCGCAGCCGCGAGAACGGCGGCGGCGUGGGCGGCGUGGCCGUGGGCGCGGGCGCGGGCGCGGCCAAGCUGGCCGACGAGAAGGCGCUGGUGCUGGGCAAGGUCAUGGAGAACGUGGGCCUGGGCGCGCUGCCGCCGCAGUAUGGCGAGCUGCUGGCCGACAAGCAGAAGCGCGGCUCCUUCCUGAAGCGCGCGGGCAGCGUGGCCGGCGACCCCGGCGACGAUGAGGACGCGGGUGGCUGCGGGGACGCGGGCGCAGGCGGCGCGGUCAACGGGCGCGGUGGCUUCCCGGGCGCCGAGCCCUUCCCGGGGCUCUUCCCGCGCAAGCCGGCGCCGCUGCCCAGCCCCGGGCUGCCCAGCGCGGCCAAGCGCAUCAAGGUGGAGAAGGACCUGGAGCUGCCGCCGGCCGCGCUCAUUCCCUCGGAGAACGUGUACUCGCAGUGGCUCGUGGGCUACGCCGCGUCUCGCCACUUCAUGAAGGACCCCUUCCUGGGCUUCACGGACGCGCGCCAGUCGCCCUUCGCCACGUCGUCCGAGCACUCGUCUGAGAACGGCAGCCUGCGCUUCUCCACGCCGCCCGGCGACCUGCUGGACGGCGGGCUGUCGGGGCGCAGCGGCACGGCCAGCGGGGGCAGCACGCCGCACCUGGGCGGCCCGGGCCCGGGGCGGCCCAGCUCCAAGGAGGGCCGGCGCAGCGACACGUGCGAGUACUGCGGCAAGGUGUUCAAGAACUGCAGCAACCUGACGGUGCACCGGCGGAGCCACACCGGUGAGCGGCCUUACAAGUGCGAGCUGUGCAACUACGCGUGUGCGCAGAGCAGCAAGCUCACGCGCCACAUGAAGACGCACGGGCAGAUCGGCAAGGAGGUGUACCGCUGCGACAUCUGCCAGAUGCCCUUCAGCGUCUACAGCACCCUGGAGAAACACAUGAAAAAGUGGCACGGCGAGCACUUGCUGACUAACGACGUCAAAAUCGAGCAGGCCGAGCGCAGCUAAGGCGCCGCCGCCGCCACCAUCCGGCCAGCGCGCCGCUGCCGUCGGCCCGGUCCCCGCACCUGUACAGUGGACCUGUUGCCAACCGAGAGAAUGCUAACCUGACUCGCCUGCGUGUCCCCGCCACUUAGCACCCCGCGUGUCCCCGCGUGUCCCCGGGGCGCAGGGGAGGCGGCACUCCAACCCAACCUGUGUCUGCAAAGUCCUAUGGAAACCCGAGGGUGGAUUAAGGCAGCAAACAUUGUGGAGCCUUUUAACUGUGCAAUAAUUUCUGUAUUUAUUGGGUUUUGUAAUUUUUUUUUUUUGGCAUGUGCAGGUACUUUUUAUUAUAAUUCUUUCUGUUGAAAUUCCUUUAAACGAUUCUGUUGGAUAUCCAUCCCUUCAUUUUUUUUAACCCGGUAGUAGCCUGAGGUGAUUUACAAUGUAGAAGGGAAGCCUAUCUUUUAAAUUAUAAUUUUUUGUGUGUGGGGGGGGGGCGCUGCUUUUUUGAAAUUUAAGCUAAGCAUGUGUAAUUUCUUGUGAAGAAGCCAACACUUCAAUGACUUUUAAAGUCGUUUACUCUUUUGAUUCCUUCUCUUUUCUUUUGUCCUGAGAUGACAAAGCGGCAUGCGUUGUGAGGGGGGCGGGGGUGUGGAUAUACAGCGAUAACAAUCUUUAAAGUUGUAGCACUUUGUUUCAGGAUUGGAAUGGAGAUGUGGCACGGAUGACGUCCUGCGCAGCAGCGGCCUGUUCUGUCUUGAUUUCAACCCUCGCGUUAUAUAAGGAAAACUUUUGGUGGUGGUGGGGAGGAGAGAGGCACCUUGAGGGGCAGGUGCCACUCCGCACCGCCAGAGAAGGGGGAAGGGCUUUGAGAGCAGGCGCCAGAGACUGGCCCAAGAGCCUCUGAAGUCGUGCAUGAACACGGCGCGCUGUCCUUUUCCUGGAGUGUUGUAUGCCCUGGGAUGCUGUCCUGGCUCUUUGCUGUAGAUCAGGCCAAAUGAAAUAGGCAAGCGUCCUUUUUGGGGUAGAUGGUAGUGGCCUGCCAUGACACAGAAAGGAAGACACCGUGCUGGUCGUGCAGCUUCUCCUGGCUUGAUGGCCUCUCUCUCUGCGCCACCCCACCAUAUAAAUCCCAUGUUGGAUAUUGCUACAAGUGAUAAUGGGUAGGUCUCAAGCAGACAGAUGCCCUGAUGGUUACCUGAGGAAGUCAGUCAGUGCCCUCUCAUCUAAGGCACCUGAUGACAUCAUAGGCAGAGGGGAAAAGUCUUGUGAAUUUCUUUCUAGUCCCUUUUCUUGGGAAAGCAGAGGAAGGAACCCAGCGCUACUUCCCAGUUUUUUUCCCCCAUCCCGUUAGAUUGCAAGGAACUGCACAUUGGACUGUUGAGAUUAGACAUUUGGAUUUUGUUGACCCGCACUUUAAAGCUUUUGUUUGCAUUUAAAUGAAAUGGCUUCUCAACAAGAAAUUGCAGCAUAGUCUUCUCCUUGGCCCAGAGGUGGGUUAGACUGUAAGGGACAGCUGAGAUGGAGUGUCAGUGUUGCUAAGCGUGGCGUUCACAAUACUGGCACUAUAAAGAACAAAAUAAAAUAAUUUAUUGGACAGUUUUUCUGCUGCCAUCCAAUUUGACGUGAGUGCCUUGGAAACUGAUCUUCCUAUUUGAGUCUCUUGAGACAAAUGCAAAACUUUUUUUUUUUUUUUGAAAUGAAAAGACUUUUUAAAAAAGUGAGAUGAGAAAAGUACAUUCUUUAGAAACAAACAAAGCCACAUUUACUUUAAAUACAUUAAAAACAAAAACAAAAACAAACCCUGGUUGAAGAUAGAGGACAUGAAAUGCCAUAAGACCCAGUCAAAUGAAGACACAAACCCAGCACAACUUUGGACGCCUGUUAGUUGAAUUACCCUCAGCCCUUUUUUUGUUUUGGGGACAACGCUGCUUAGAUAUGGAGUGGAGGUGAUUUACUGCUGAAUUUACUGCUCAAGUGACACAAGUUACGUGCUGAUAUCGUUGAAUGAAAAACAAACAAUUCAGGAACAAUGGCUCAUUUUUUUCUAAAGUUAAAUUUAGUGCACUCUGUCUUAAAAAUACGUUUACAGUAUUGGAUACAAACAAGGGUGAAAAAAAAUUGUGUGUGUGUGUGUGUGUGUUGGAGCGGUCUUUUUUUCAAAGUUUGCUUAAUAGGUUAUACAAAAAUGCCACAGUGGCCAUGUGUAUAUUGUUUUCCUUUGGUGACGGGGUUUUAGUAUAUAUUAUAUAUAUUAAAAUUUCUUGAUGACUGUAAAAGUGGACCAGUAUUCGUAAUAAUCGAGAAUGCCUGGGCAUUUUACAAAACAAGAAAAAAAAAAAAAAAAAACCACCCCUUUUCUUUUCCUUGAAAAAUGUUGCAGUAAAAUUUACAUGGUGGGUCUAUAAAUUUGUUCUUGUCCCAGUAACUGUAAAGUCGGAGUUUUAGUAAAUUUUUUUCUGCCUUGGGUGUUGAAUUUUUAUUUCAAAAAAAUGUAUAGAAACUUGUAUUUGGGGAUUAAAAGGGUGUUGCUACACCAUGUAGAAAAAGUAUGUAGAAAAAAAAAGUGCUAAAUAUUGUUAUUGCUUUGCAGAAAAAAAAAAAAUCACAUUUCUGACCUGUACUUAUUUUUCUCUUCCCACCUCCCUCUGGAAUGGAUAUAUUGGUUGGUUCAUAUGACGUAGGCACUUGCUGUAUUUUUACUGGAGCUUGUAAUUUUUUAACUGUAAGCUUGUCCUUUUAAAGGGAUUUAAUGUACCUUUUUGUUAGUGAAUUUGGAAAUAAAAAGAAAAAAAACCAAAAAAACAAAAACAAACAGGCUGCCAUAAUAUAUUUUUUUAAUUUGGCAGGAUAAAAUAUUGCAAAAAAAAAAAAAAAAAUUUGUAUGUUAAGUCCUUAUUGUACAGGAGAAAAAAAAAGGUUGUUUGACAACCUCUGAGGAAAAGAAACAAAAGGAAAUAGUUCACUGCUUUGGUUCCCACAUCAUUUUAGUUGUAUAUAUUUUUGUCAGAAUUGGUCUACACAAAGGACUGUUGGCAUCACAGGGCGUCCCUCUGAAGGCCCCAAACCUUGCAUCAAGGCUCCCUGGUGUGGCCAUAGGAGACCUGGCGGGGAAUUCGCUGUUCGUGUUGAGUGGGAAAAUCCGUUGUUGUAAAGUUGUUGGUGACAUUCCACAGAGUCCUCCCUUUCUCUAAGAGGCCAUCUGUCAGAUGAGAGUAGAAAUCCAGAGGGCAUCUCUGGCAUCGCCACGGUGGCGGCCGCCGCCUCCGACACCACCACCUCUCCCGCCCGUAAGAGCAGAGAGAAAUGCAAACGGGGUUUCUUAGUCCUUGAAAACACAUCGAAUGUCCUGAAAGGAGCUGGUGCAUCCGCCAGGCCCAGGUGACGCAGUCUGCUGCCGAGCCCAGUGUUAAGCCGGGUUCUGGAAGGCGAGGCCAGGGCCGGCGCCCUGACCCAGCUCAGCCAGGACCCCUGCGUCCCCUGGAGAGCGCUGGCCUGUUGUCUCUUGACCUGCUUUGCUGCUUUUCUCUCCGAAACUUACAUUCGGACAUUCGGUCAGUCUCCGAGUGCCGAGGGCCUGGGAUGAAUUCGGUGCCUUUCCGUUUCUCUCUCUCCUUCCUGUGUGUCCACCUCCAGCGUCUUUGUCGGCCUUUAUUUGUUCAUUUCAUUUCUUUACCUUCUCCCUUCCCCCUCCUUUUUCUUUCUUUUCUCUUUUUUUUGUAAAGCCAAGUAGCUUUGAAAUAAUAAAGUGGUGGUUUUUUGGAUGAGGGAAUAAUUUUUUUUAAAUACCUGUAUCAGAAAGCCAUUUUUUUUUAAAUUUUAAUUUCAGGAAAUGUAAGAAAAUGUUCUUUCAGGUUAGGGAAGCAUAACCAAGCACCCUUUGGGGCAGAUCUGAACCACAUGCGGAAAUCUCUCUUCUGGGAGCAUUGUGUUUCAUGGGCUCUGUGCUCCUUGCCACUUACCCUUGCAAAGUUAAGGGGAGAAGGAGGGAGAACAGUGAGACUUGAGUUUCCUGCCCGCUUGACCCAGAGACCCAGGGGCUGCCGCUCAUGUGGCCAUGCUGCGAAGACAACCAGAGCCCCCCAGGUAUCCCCUGCAGUUAGGACAGCUCACCAGCUCUCACCAGCAGCUGUUCACUGGCUUAAACCAAGCCACCAGAAUGCCAGGACUAAGCCAUCCUAAAGCAUAGGCAUCACGUCUCUGUCGGUAGCAGAGAAGAGAGCAUUUUGCUGCCCUUGUGUGUUUAGAACACCAACACCGAAGCAGCUGGCCCAGUGAGAGAGGCCCUACCCCUGGGUGCCCCCCGGCCAACCUCAGGCCAGUUUCCACACUGCCAGAACUUUCUUCAAUGUUGCCCCAAAUUGGAAUUUGCUACUUACCUUUAGAGGGUUGUUGACGGUGAAAGGAGGGACUGAGUCACUCUUAGCCAAACUCAACAAGUAUGGAAAGCAGCCUUUCACCCCGCUUCUGAAGACCAGUCAGUCAGCUGAAGGUUUUGUUGAACACAGGCAACCCUGGGACCUCAGUGCUCUUUGUAUCUCAGCCUGCAAAGCAAAGUUACCUUGAUUUCAGUUGUUUGCAUUUGUACUGGCAAGGCGAAAUAUUUUAUUACCUUUUCUAUUACUUAUUGUAUGAGCUUUUGUUGUUUACUUGGAGGUUUUGUCUUUUACUACGAGUUUGGAACUAUUUAUUAUUGCUUGGUAUUUGUGCUCUGUUUAAGAAACGGGCACUUUUUUUUUUUAUUAUUAUGGAUAAAAUGUUGAGAUGACAGGCAGUCAUGUCAAUAUGGCUUAGUAAAAUAUUUAUUGUUCCUUUGAUUCUCUGUACAAGAUUUUGGGCCUCUUUUUUUCCCUUAAUGUCACAAUGUUGAGUUCAGCAUGUGUCUGCCAUUUCAUUUGUACGCUUGUUGAAAACCAAGUUUGUUCUGGUUUCAAGUUAUAAAAAUAAAUUGGACAUUUAACUUGAUCUCCAAA